UUUGUGAGGACAUGUGUGUCUCAUAUGGGCUGGGUUGUGUGUUCCAGUGAACAGACUCCAGUCCUGGACUCCACUGAGACCACACUGAGGUCGAGAUGCUCAACAUGGGGGCUGUGCUGCUGUUACUAAUUGGUGUGGCUGAUGGUGUGGAGACCUUCUGCAACGCCACACAGCCACACAUCAUCACCCAGUGCUUUGGCUCUCUGGGAGGAACUGUGGAGGUCCUGCUGUCUACUAAGACCAAACAAGAUUAUAUCUACAAACUGAAGAAAAACAAUGUUACUGUUAACCGCAGUGAGACAACAGACAGCAGAUAUUCAUUUAUUGUCAGUACUGGAAUAUUUACUAUAAAGGACGUCAACAUGAAAGACACUGGUGAAUACUCAAUGGAAGUACAUGAUGCAGAUGGGAAGCAAGUAGCAUACACUGAAUGUUAUUUAACCAUUCAAGUCACAGCCCUCGUCCCUAUAAUCGCUGGUUCCCUGUCAGCGAUGGCUCUGCUCCUGAUAGUAGCAUUGGGAGUCUACUGCGCAAAAAAGCACAAAACCUCAAGAGACACCACAGAAGCGGAAGAUGUAACCUACGCAGACGUCUCUGUGCUCCAGCGUCGGGGGCAGCGGAGAGAGGAGGGGGAGGGGGAGGUGGAGUACGGGGCGGUCAGGGAGGCUCCAGGCCCCAGGCGGACGCUGGAGACCAAUGUGGACGAGUGUGUGUACGCUCAGCCCCAGAGCACGAGGCCCUGAAUGCUGUGAACACCCAGAAGGACGCAUAGACAUUUUCAACCUUUUUACUGACACUCCCAUCGUGGCUUCUGAAAGACAAAGUCAUUGGCCCCCUACGUUCUGAUGAUUCAGCAUUCAUUCUAUUUGGACAUUCAGGCGGAAAUUUUGGCUAUGCCGACAUUACAUAAUUUUUUAUGCUUUACACCACAUCUGCUUUCAUGUUAAUUAUUGUAUUGUUAUUUUAAUUAUGUCUAUAACCCUUUCUCCUGUUUAAUAAAAACACAGAUAAAGAUU